AUGGGAUUGCUACGCUCGGAGCAGAUGAAAUAUGGCAUGCUCGUGCUGCCAGUCAACGAAGCACGACGCAUUGUUGGCCAACUAGGGAAGGACUCGAACUUGCAGUUCGAAGACGACAAUGCGCGUGACAUGCGCCGUCCCUACCGCAAACACAUUCAGCGAAUUGACGAGAUGGAGCGGAUUAUCCGGUUCCUCAUUCAGGAGAUUAGCUCGCUUGAGGGAUGCCAGCUGAUUAAGAACAAGGUCGAUGAGUUCCUACAGACAGACGACACUUACACCCUAGAUGCUGUUGAAGGUGAGCUUCAGUCGUUAUACCAGAACUUCCUCAGAUUCAAGGAGAACAACGUCAAUCUCACAAAUGAGCGCAAUCAGGCAGUCGAGGAAGCCGAGGUAGUGGCCGUGGCGCGUGAGAUGCUCACGGGCUCUCGACCGUCUCCUGACUACGUGACAGAAGAGGAGAGCUUCGAGAGCAGCGCCAAGAAGCCUUUGCUGGGUGGUGAAGAGGUGGCCGUCGGCACCGGCAGGUUAGGCUAUUUGGCGGGGGUCGUGCCGAAGACGGAUGAGGCACGCUUCGCCCGCGCACUUUGGCGGGCGGCACGUGGCAACACUUUCACGCAGUUCACACCCAUUAGCCAGUCGGUCAAGGAUCCGAAGACAGGUCAGGAUGUGCAGAAGUCCGUGUUCGUGGUCUACUUCCAGGGUGCUGGAGGGCCCAUGCAGCAAAAGGUGCUGAAGGUUUGUUCUGCCUUUGGUGUCAACAUGUACAAUUGGCCAGCAAGUGCCGACUUGGCCAAAACGCGUCAUGCUCACUUGCUUAGUGUGGUGAAGGAGAAGGACACGGCUUUGGAGGGCUAUCAGUUCUUCAUGAAGACAGAGGCCAAGGACCUGUUGGCACCGCCAAGUCAGAACCCGCAGGCCAACUCAAAGCUGGAAGAGUGGCGGCUAUUUUGCAUCAAGGAGAAGUCCAUCUUCAACAUCCUCAAUCUCUGUUCAGGGGAAAUUGCAUUGAGGGUGAAUGUUUGGUACCCGGCUGCAGAAGAGGCAGGGAUCAAGGCCUUGCUGCAGAAGCUGAAUGCAGGCUCAUCCCAGGGAGCUUUCCUGACUCCGGACAAGAACGUGAAGUCUGCACCGCCGACGUAUAUUCGGGUGAACGACUACACCGAGGUGUGGCAGGAUGUCAUCGACACCUACGGAAUUCCCAAAUAUCAGGAGGCCAACCCUGCCCUCCUCACCGUGGUCACAUUCCCCUUCAUCUUCGGUAUGAUGUACGGUGAUGUGGGUCAUGGCAUCCUGCUGUUCCUUGCUGGGAUCUGGCUCUGCCUGAAUGCCGAGACUUUCCGAUUCACCCAGCCAUCCUUGUUCACAGCCCGAUACAUGGUUGUAAGCUUAGGCUUCUUCGCGAUUUUCGCUGGCUUCAUGUACAACGACUUCUUCUCAGUGGGUCUGCAAAUCUUCGACUCCAGAUACAAGGAUGCAGGCGGAGGCAACUUCGUUCCCACUUUCGAUGUGAAGAACGAAGGCGGCCCAGGACCAUAUCCCUUUGGCCUUGACUGGGCCUGGCACGGAGCGAGCAACGAGCUGCUCUACGUCAACUCCUUGAAGAUGAAACUGUCAGUUCUGUUCGGAGUCCUGCAAAUGACCGUGGGCCUUGUCUUGAGGUGGCUCAAUGCUUUCUAUGAGAAGAACAUGACCGAUUUCCUUUGUGAGUGCAUUCCCAUGAUGAUCUUCAUGUUGUGCUUCUUCGGGUGGAUGGACUGCAUGGUCUUGUACAAGUGGGUGCAUCCAAUCGACAACCCUCCGAGCAUCAUCAAUUCCUUGAUUUGCAUGGCCAUGGGGCAGGAGGACAAGUUCCCACUGUGGCCGGGCUCUGUGGAACUGGCGCAGACUUUGAUGGGGUACACGAUGCUGGCUGUGCCCAUCAUGCUUCUACCGAAGCCUUUCAUUCUGCUGUACCAGCACAAUUCUAAGCAGGAGAAGAGCGAAAAUCUCGUGACCAUUGACGAGGAGACAGGGCCCAGCUCGAACCACCACGGGCACGGCGAGGACUUCGAGUUUGGCGAAAUUUUCAUCCAUCAGAUCAUUGAGACGAUUGAGUUUGUGUUGGGCACGGUGUCGCAUACGGCUUCGUACCUCCGCAUCUGGGCUCUCUCAUUGGCUCAUCAGCAGCUCUCCCUCGUCUUCUUCCAGAAGACGUUGACAAUGGGUUUGACCAUGUCCUUCCCCAUGAACGGGAUCAUGAUCUACCUCAUGUUCGCUGCGUGGUUCGCGAUCACACUGGCUGUCCUCCUUGGCAUGGACGUCCUGGAAUGCUUCUUGCACACCCUGCGGCUGCAUUGGGUAGAGUUUCAGAGUAAGUUCUACAAGGCCGAGGGUUUGAAGUUCGCGCCCUACUCCAUCAAGAAGCUGGUCACGCCGACGGGCGACGGAGAGUAG